AUUUUGGGUACUCAGACACUGCGUGAAUACACCACACCGCCGGUUACAGGAAGGAAAGAGUUAACAAAAAUCGUCGUCCCUGCAUUUCCCGGUUGGGAGCAUCUGAACGAGUCUUGGGGAAUCAUUGACAAAGAUAUAACCUUCAGUCUCAGCCUCCGUAGCUAUCUAGCCAAGGUGAUGAGUCAACCAACUAAGGGAAGUUCCUUCACAAGAGACGGUGAUUCGAGGGACCAGAGUCACCGGACAUCUGACCACCGUGCACGACAUACAGAGUCGUUUGGUCACCACCAUGCACACACACAUCCUUCUGGAGCAUUUGAUGACCACGGACAUGCAAAUCUGGGUCGUCCAUUCGAUGGCCUUGUACACACGUAUAUUCCAGACAUGGAUGAAGACAAGAUCUACAUGGACUACAAUGCCACCACCCCACUAGAGCCAGAGGUGAUCCAGGCCAUCACGAAAGCCCUGCAUGAGGCCUGGGGAAACCCCAGCAGCAGUUACACAGCAGGUGUGAAAGCGAAGGCCGCCAUCGCCCAGGCCAGAGAGAAUGUGGCAAGGCUGGUUGGCGGGAAACCAGAGGACAUCAUAUUUACCUCUGGGGGUACUGAGGCCAACAACCUGGUGUUCCACAGCGCCCUGGAGGCCUACAGAGAGAGCUGCAGGACGGCAGAGCAGGGAGGCGACAGCCAUCAUCACCGUGACAACAGCCGUACAUCCUCAGCCUGGCCUCGUCCACACCUCAUCAUCUCCAACGUGGAGCACGACUCUGUGCGCCUGACCGCGGAACACCUGCUGAAGGAUGCCCAAGCAGAUGUGACGUUGGUGGCGGUUUCCAAGGUGACGGGGAGGGUCGAGGUGGAAGAUGUGUUGACGGCUGUGCGACCCAACACCUGUCUAAUCUCUAUCAUGAUGGCUAACAAUGAGACCGGUGUUAUGAUGCCAAUCAGAGAGCUUUGUCAGAGGAUAAGAUCCGUGAGCGGACAGCGUCAUCAUAGAAUCCUCCUGCACACUGAUGCAGCCCAGGCCAUAGGAAAGGUCGGGGUCGACGCACGUGACCUGGGAGUGGAUUACCUCACCAUCGUAGGUCACAAGUUCUAUGCACCGCGGAUCGGAGCGCUGUAUGUGAACGGCCCUGGGUCCACCACACCGCUCCACCCCAUGAUGUUUGGAGGGGGACAGGAGAGGAACUUCAGACCGGGCACGGAGAACACGCCAAUGAUUGCUGGCCUCGGAAAGGCAGCAGAGCUGGUGAUCUCUAACCUGCCUGAGUAUGAGAGUCACAUGUUGGAUACGAGGAAAUACCUGGAAGAGAGACUGCAGGCUGUUUUUGGGAAGGAGAGGAUCCAUUUCAACAGCCACUUCCCUGAUUCAGAAUCUCUACCAAACACCUGCAAUGUCUCCAUCCUGGGUCCUAGACUACAGGGGAGGAAGGUGUUGUCCAGCUGUAGACGGCUACUGGCCAGUGUGGGAGCGGCAUGCCACACACACAGAGGAGACAGGCCCUCCCAUAUCCUGCUGAGCUGUGGCAUUCCGGAGGAGGUGGCGGCCAAUGCCCUGAGGCUGAGUGUGGGGAGGGGCACCAGCAGGGCUGAUGUAGAUGUAGUGGUGGAGGACCUGAGGAAUGCUGUGGAGACGCUCGAGAGCCUGAAUUGAUCACAACGAUCGGUUUGGUUUGAUUGGUCGGUUUUAUCGACUGACUCUGGGAUUGUUUGACUGACUCUGGGUUAAUCUAUUAAUUUGUCAGUCACAUUUGCUGAUUGACUCAUUCAUUGGUUGAUUGAUUAAUUGGUUGAUUAGUUGGUUGUUUGGUUGAUUGAUUGAUCUGUUGAUUUACGGUAUGUCCAGCCGAUAGUAAUGUUGUCUACUGUGCUCUAUUGCAUGUAGUAAGUAUUUUAAAGCCAUCUUAAUCAGUAGAAUUUAUUAGUAAGUUUAAAGUGAUUUAUCCUCCUCUGUGGAAGGUUAUCAUAUUUGUACAUAGCAUAUUCUCUGUAGAGCUAAUUUGUGAAUUACUGCUGUAUUUAAUUAACUCAGGAGAAAAUGUUACAGCUUUGAAGAGUAAGAGAAGGAAUUCAAACUGAUUUGAAUGAUGAUGAUGGAUGAAGGGAUAGAUGGGUAGAGAGAUAUAUGAAGGGAUUGAUGGGUAAAGAGAUAUAUGGAUGAGGGGAUAGAUGAGUAGAGUGAUGUAUGGAUCAAGGGAUGGAUGGGUAAAGAGAUAUAUCAAGGGAUAGAUGGGUAGAGUGAUGUAUGGAUGAGGGGAUAGAUGGUUGAAUGAUGUAUGGAUGAAGGGAUAGAUGGUAGAGUGAUGUAUGGUUGAGGGGAUAGAUGGUAGAGUGAUGUAUGGUUGAGGGGAUAGAUGGUAGAGUGAUGUAUGGAUGAGGGGAUAGAUGGUAGAGUGAUGUAUGGAUGAGGGGAUAGAUGGUAGAGUGAUGUAUGGAUGAGGGGAUAGAUGGUAGAGUGAUGUAUGGAUGAGGGGAUAGAUGGUAGAGUGAUGUAUGGAUGAGGGGAUAGAUGGGUAGAGUGAUGAAGGGAUAGAUGGUAGAGUGAUGUAUGGAUGAGGGGAUAGAUGGGUAGAGUGAUGUAUGGAUGAGGGGAUAAAUGGGUAGAGUGAUGUAUGGAUGAGGGGAUAGAUGGUAGAGUGAUGUAUGGAUGAAGGCGGGAACUUAUUUAUGAAUAGAGGGAUCGUUGGAUUGAUGAUGGGUUAGUUUGAUGGGUGGAUUAUAGAUUAGAUGGAGGCACAACUGGAUAAAGGGAUAGAUUGGUGGACAGAGGAAUAGGUGAAUAAAGGGAUGAAGGGAUAUAAAGUGUGGUUGGAUGAUAGAGGAAUAGAUGGAUGAGUAGAGUUAUAUAUAAAGGGAUAGAUGGAUAGACAGAUGGAUAUAUGAAGGGAUAGAUGGAUGGGUAGAGUUAUAUAUAAAGGGAUAGAUGGAUAAACAGAUGGAUAUAUGAAGGGAUAGAUGGAUGGGUAGAGUUAUAUAUAAAGGGAUAGAUGGAUAAACAGAUGGAUAUAUGAAGGGAUAGAUGGAUGGGUAGACUUAUAUAUAAAGGGAUAGAUGGAUAGACAGAUGGAUAUAUGAAGGGAUAGAUGGAUGGGUAGAGUUAUAUAUAAAGGGAUAGAUGACAUGUAAUUCAGACUACUGCUACAUACUUACACAUACUGUAAAUGGCAUGUUAUUCAUACUACUGCUACAUACUUACACAUUCUGUAAAUGGCAUGUUAUUCAUACUACUGCUACACACUUACACAUACUGUAAAUGGCAUGUUAUUCAUACUACUGCUACAUACUUACACAUACUGUAUAUGGCAUGUUAUUCAUACUACUGCUACAUAGGUUUACAUACUUUAAAAUACUCUGGUACACAAGUAUUGGAAAACAAGUAUUUGCUGUAAAUGAUAAAUAUGUUUUUGAACCCAGGUCUGGAACAGUACAUAAAAUCAGCUACCUUCUUACUCAAAUAAAGCAUUGGAAAUCAA